UCAUAACAGAAAAGAAUCAUCAAUGAGUACAGGCUAGGAGAGACACAGAGUCGAGAGUAAACAACUACUACUGAAGAAGGAAGGAGAAGAAGAAGAAGAAGAAGAGAAGAAGAGAUGUCGUGGCAAACUUACGUGGAUGAUCAUCUGAUGUGCGAAAUCGAAGGCAAUCAUCUCACCGCCGCCUCCAUCAUCGGCCACGACGGCACUGUCUGGGCCCAGAGCGACUCCUUCCCUCAGCUUAAGCCUGAAGAGAUCACUGCAAUUAUGAACGACUUUAAUGAACCUGGAUCGCUGGCCCCAACUGGGUUAUAUCUUGGUGGAACAAAAUAUAUGGUGAUCCAAGGAGAGUCAGGUGUCGUCAUUCGAGGGAAGAAGGGCUCUGGUGGUGCUACGAUCAAAAAGACCAAUAUGGCGUUGAUCAUUGGUAUCUAUAACGAGCCACUGACUCCUGGUCAGUGCAACAUGAUUGUUGAAAGGCUUGGUGACUAUCUCAUCGAUCAGGGUUUUUAAUUGUUUUGGUGUUUGAAGCCAUGGCAUGACUCCUGAGUGGAAACAAAAGAAAUUUGGUGCUUAAGAAGUAAUGGAUAUGAUCUCCUAUGUGAUGUACGAUUCUGUUUUGUACACUUAUUGUUUGUACUCUUGUUGGUGAAAAGUAUUGUGUUGAUUUUCAUGUGGGGUACUUAUGUGCCUUGUGGUGGGUUUUCUUGUAAUGGAUGUCUUAAAUUGAUGGAAAUGUCUCAUAAGUAAUUUAUUUGGUCUGUGAUUCAUUUACAUCUGAA